AAGCAUUCAUCGAUUUCCACGAUCGACGAUGGUUGCCGCCGUGACCGCGUACUUGUGCUUGAUAAUCACGCUGCUGGCCGUCGCCACUUAUGCGUUCUACAUCACGUACCUCACGCCCGUGAAGAGCAUCAACGCGUACAUCAGUGCGAAGAAGACGCAGACUCCGUGGGCGUUGGGAUGGUGCAUGUUUGCCUCUGGCGUCGGCUCGUGGGCUUUGUAUGCGUUCCCUGACACGGCCGUCCAAGUCGGGUCGUGGGGUAUCAUUGGGUACUGGCUGUCAAUUGUGUUGGGAUAUGCAGUCUUGGCUUUUGCUGGACCAGCCAUCGCUGAAGAAUUGGGUGAUGGGGUGACGUUGAGCGACUACGCGGGCAACCGCUUCGGAUCGGCCCAAAAGUUCUACGUGUUGCUCAUCGCUUUGUUCUACCAAUUGAUUUCGAUCGCAGCCGAAUUGACUGCGAUCGGGUCCCUCAUGGUACUACUUGCCCCCGACGUCAGCAAGACGUGGGCUAUCAUCCUCGUGUCUGUCAUCACUUGCGCGUACACCCUCUUCGGUGGGAUCAAGGCGAGCAUUGCGACGGAUGCCGUCAAAGGUGGAUUUGUGUUGCUUUUGGUCGUGAUCAUCUGCAUUGCCGCGUUCUCGUACACGACCUUGCCCGCAAAUGCGUUUGAGUCGACGGGUAUUGCGUCGUUCACGACCAUUGGCUUCGAGGCCGUGUUCACGCUUACGAUUGCGGUUGUGUCGUCCAACUUGUUCCUGACGGGAUUCUGGCUGCGCACGUUUGCCGCCAAGAACGACGCAGACUUACGCAAAGCCUGCGCCUACGCCGCCUUGGCUUCGACGCCGUUCAUUGUGCUGUUGGGCGUGGUCGGUUUCAUGGGCUACAUCAUGCACCCUGAAGCACCGGUGUUUGAUGGCGGGUUCUUCUUCUACAUUUUGCUCGACAUGCCGGAAGGAUGGAGCAUCUUGGUCCUUAUCGUGGUCGCGGCGCUGGUGAGCUCGACGGCCGACACGAUUCAAACCGGGAUGAGUGCCGAAAUUCUGUCGAAUUUCCAGGACCGUCUCUCGCUCCCAUUCGCUCGCGUCAUCUCGAUCAUUAUCAACAUCCCGGCCAUCUUCAUUGCCCUCACCGACACGAGCGUGCUCAAGCUGUUUUUGAUUGCCGACUUGUUGUGCGCGGCGACCGUCGGCCCCAUUUUCCUUGGCAUCUGGAACCGAACGCACCCGACUGCUGUCCUCGCUGGGUGCGUCAGUGGCCUUCUCACGAUUUUCUUUUCGGGUGUGUCUCGCAACGGCAAGUUUGUCGACGGCUUCAACGAGUUCGUCCUUGAGGAAGGACUGUUCACGACUCACAGCAUGGUUCUGUUCAUCCUGACGUUGGUCAUUCCCGUCAUCGUGACGGUCGGGUUGACGUUCAUCCUGCCGCCGGCGCCCAAGCGCUCGGUCCCCAAGAACGGCAACAACGAGUUGCUCGUUGAAGCUCCCGUCAACCACUCCAGCGAACACCCGUACGAAGCUUCCAAGUCUCCGGCGGUCGUAUAAGAUGAAAUUCAGAGUGUAACGAAAUAAACACCAUGUCAUGGAUGCACA